AUGAUGAAGUCAGCAAUAAUUUUAACUGUUUUCGGUGUAGUUUUCGCCUUGGCAGAAAUACCGCCGAUUCCUUAUGCGGAAAAUUCGGUUUCAUCGUCUGCUUCUUUUCCAAACGAUCGUAUUCAAACCGUUGGAGAACAAUAUAUAAAUCAUUAUGGAAAUGACGGUUUCAACAUUCAAUCCGAAUACGAUGAUUAUUUGAUACCCGCCGUAGAAAAUGGUCUCCUCUCGUUUGCAGAUGGAAUCCGUAAUUUGUCUGCUUUUGGAUGGAAAGUUUUACCGAAAAUUGUCACCGGAGCCGCAGUUUUACUCACUCUUUUUCUGAUAGGAGGAUGCAUCAAUACUUUAAUUUGUUCAUUGACAUCUUUGUGCACGAUAUCAUUUGCGGGUCAUGGUCUGACUAAGGACGCUAUGAGAUCCUAUUUUACGCCAGACAGAGUUACCUCAACGGCAAAUUUUGUGAUAAAUGCCAUCAAAAAAUACAGAAACAUGUAUGAAUCAUAUGCAGAUGAAGUAGAUGGAGAUAAAAAAGUUAAAUAA